CUCCGUUCAUAUCACCCAUUCUCAGUUUGCCACCUUUCAACAUGUUAUCAUCACUAGAGUCUCUCCAGCCCCUUGAAGAGAAAUUCAAGCGCAUAGAGGAAGAGCUCGAGCAGCGUGCCCGUCUAGAGGAAGAACGCGAAGCACUUGAAGAAGCUGGAGGCCGCUCCUCUGUCGUAGGAACCCGCCAAAGACGCGCCGGAUCCAUCUCCGUCACCCGUUUCGGCGAGCCCCCAGAACAGACAGACGGCUCAGCCAGUCCAGAUGGCACGGCAACGACGCCCCUGGCGAGCGCAGCCCGCCGCUCGCAGUACUACCACACCCUCGCACAUCCCAAAUCCUUCGACUCCCUCGUCAGCACUGCCUCGAACUCGUCCAACGACGCGCGGCACUUCGAAGACACGCACCAGACGACCCAAGUCGAACGCAUCGCGCCCCGCCCGUCCAUCUCCUUCUCCCCGCUCCCCUCCUUCUCCCUCUCACGCGGCAAAGGCGUCAGCUCGCUUCUCCCCAAGCGCCUCUCACGCGCCGCGUCCUCUGGCGUGCUCGGGAGCCCGCUUGGCGCGGACUUUGGCUGCGUCGCCGCAGGCGGCAGCGGCGCAGGCGGCGGGGGACUCGUGAUCGGCGUGUGCAUCGAGGAGAAGACGGGCGACGCGCACGCGGAGGAGCACGGGAUCGCGCUCGCGCCUGGCAUGCAGGGUGUCGCGAGCGCGGCGUACGCGGGCGACGGGUCGACGAUGCCGCCUGGGAGCCGGUCGAGCUCACGGGCGGAUGUGCAUUCGCAUGGAGGACAUCAUCAUGCGAUGGGGUCGAUUUCGCGCGCGGGCGGGAAUAAGCUGGUGAGCAAGCGGCCGAGGGCGGCGACGGUGGGUGUGCCGAUGCUGCAUCCGGAUCAGCAGCCUGGGGAGGGCGGGAACGGGUGGAUGGACCGCGCGAAGGAGGCGAUGAAGCUGCGGAGGAAGAAGUCGGAGUGAGCGCAGGUGUCGUGAUGUCGUCCUCAUCCCCGACGAUACCGUGCCAAUCCGCCUGUCCCCGUCUUCGCCUGCUCCUACGCCUUUCCCUCUUCUCGCUCUCCCUCAACCCUCAGCCGACCACUCCGACCCUACCCGGCCCUCACGUUGCUUGUACGCAUAUACCCAUGUCCGCCUUCUCGACGCGAACCUGGAUGGACUUUACGCUGCAUCCCACUAUGAGCCUUACACCCACCUGCCCACGCAAACCCCACAAACGCAUACUUUACGCCCCCCAUCCCGCCUAUACGCAUGCUCUUGCAUAUCACACUUCUCUUAUAUAUCUUGGACAGCACGCAGAUACAGAUACAGAUACAGUUUCCCUUUAUUCCGUGACCAGGCCCGCCGAUACUUACCUUGGAUACCUCCGCUGUACCGUGCCGUCUCUCCGUCCUUUCCGUCUCGUCUUCCGUCUCGUCUGGAUCCUUCCGUGUUCUUGGGCUGUCGUUUGCCGUUGAGCAUUCUCGGGGGUGGAUAUCCAAUACCCAGGAGGCGCUGCGUGGUUUUCUUGUUGUGGCCUGGUCUGGCUUGUACAUUAC